CAGCAAAUCAGCAUGUCUUGUUUUGUGCAUGUGGCGCGCAGGAGGGCCAAGCGAAAGGGAAGCCCUCUCGUUGGGUGCCAUGUGCGGUGGAGCCAAAGAAGAAACCGCUCAACUUUGAGAAUCACAACCCCAAGAUGGGAUCCCCCGCUUCUCCUGUGAUGGAUGACCACAACGGCUCCACUUGCGAUACCCUGUACGCCCACAGGAGCUACGCGCGUGUUUUCAUGCCACUCGUCUACUGUGUGGUCUUCCUGGUGGGCCUGCUAGGCAACGCCUUAGCACUGCACGUCAUCCGCCCCAACUUGAAAAAGAUGAACUCCACCACCUUGUAUUCGCUCAACCUGGUGAUUUCGGACAUCCUCUUCACGCUGUCACUUCCUGUGAGGAUCACAUAUUACGCGCUGGGCUUCCACUGGCCCAUGAGUGAGGCUCUGUGCAAAAUCUCAGGCCUCAUCUUCUACAUAAACACCUACGCAGGUGUCAACUUCAUGACCUGCCUGAGCAUUGACCGCUUCAUCGCCGUCGUCCUCCCCCUGCGCUUUUCCCGGCUGCGCAAUGUUCGCAACGUGCGCUACAUCUGUGUCGCCGUGUGGCUGUUGGUCCUGGUCCAGACCCUCCCGCUUCUCGGUAUGCCAAUGACCAACGACGAACCGGACGGCUUCAUCACCUGUAUGGAAUACCCGAAUUUUGAGAAGGUAGACCACAUUGCCACCAUCCUAAUCGGCGGCGUCUUCCUCGGUUACGUCAUCCCCGUAAUAACCAUCUUGGUGUGCUAUUCCAUCCUUUGCUCCAAACUCCACUCCACGGCGAAGGCCAACCACUUGACCGAAAAGUCAGGGCGCAGCCGUAAGGCCAUUGGUGUCAUCUGUUGCGUGUCCCUGGUCUUCGUAGUCUGCUACAGUCCCUAUCACAUCAACAUCCUGCAGUACAUGGUCCGAAAACUCGUGUCCAGCCCGGACUGCGCCGACCUCACCGCUUUUCAGGUGUCGCUGCACAUCACGGUGUGUCUGAUGAACCUCAACGCCUGCUUGGACCCCUUUGUUUACUUCUUCGCCUGCAAAGGUUACAAGAGGAAACUCCUGAAGCUGCUGAAGCUGGAUGUCAGCAUAUCUAUCUCUAGCGUUGCCAGAACUUCACCCGAAAUCUCUUCCAAGGACAUUAUUGAAGGCAACAAGAUCCCGCUCAGCGGUUCCGCUUUGGGCUCAACCAAAGAGCGUCUGAUGGAGAGGAGACCGCAGCUGUACGUGUAAACAAGAAUAAUGGCGGGAUCCGAGCAAAGACUUUUCAGGCCAUAGUCGUCCGAUAUCCACGAGGAGUUUUUAAGGUGUCAUCAUGGGCAACAGAUGUUUUGUGAACAGCUUAGAACUUUGAUGGUUUACCUCUCAAGAACAUCCCUGUGAAAAGUUGUGCAAUGACAGCAACGAGUAAACAUUGUAAGAACAUCGACCAACUUCAGGCUGUGAACUCUUUGCCAGUAUUACCGUAUUUUCCGCACUAUGAGGCGCACCGGAUUAUAAGGCGCACCUUCAUUGAAUGGCCCAUUUUAAAACUUUGCCCAUAUAUAAAGAUAUAUACAUUUGGCCCGCGGGCCAGACUUUGGACACGCCUGCUGUAGUGGCUAAAUAUUGGUGCAUAUAUAAGGCGCACCUGAUUGUAAGGCGCACUGUUGGCUUUUGAGAAAAUUGGAGGUUUUUAGGUGCGCCUUAUAGUGGGGAAAAUACGGUACUUAAUUUUUGAAUUUUUACCUGCAACUUCCAGAAGUAUGAACAUUUAAAACUGUAAUUAGCAAUUUUCACGUAGUAUGAUCAUAUUCACCGCCACACAGUAUUAGCUGACCAUGUAGUACAUUCCAUAGCAACAGACUGGAGAAAAAUGGUGAAGAAGAGAUCAAAUGCAUUACAGACGUAAAAAUCGGAGGAUUGACAAUCUUGGUGAUGGUGAUACGUUUUCAUUGACAAAGCGGACCGGGGAAAACCUUUGGACAUAUUUCACGCUCUAUAUACGACUAGAUGGAAUAUGAAGCCAAGAUAUGAUAUAAUAUUGACGAUUUAAAGAGAAAGUUGACACGACAAAUGUUUUGAGUAUGCGGGAUUACUAUCGUCUUUCGAUAGUUUCGAAGUGAAUUUAGUGAGAUGUUGCUUUCUAAUUGAGAGAGUGGAUGUGGUUAUCGCGACAUAAUUUUACUGUAGGUGUUAGCACGCAGCUAGAGCCAAAACACUCUCUUCAUGUAUAUUUGCUAUUGUGAAUUGAAAAAAAGCCUGUUCAACAACUUUGGAAAUAAAGUUAUGACAAGCCUG